AUGGAUGAUGAAGGUACAAGUGGAUUUGAGAUGGAGGGACUACCAGAUGGGAUAGCGGAUGAGGUGGAUGAUGAUUUAUUUCAGUUGAUACCUUUGGGGCCUGAUAUUCAUGAAAUACACAACGAAGAUAACCAGAACAUGAUGGACAUAGACCAGGAGCAGGAAGAGCUCACAGCGGGUCCGUCUAGGCACAGAACCGCUUUAGCAGAGGAAGAUGCGCGUGUCACAGAGACUCAUUCUACUGCUGGGAGGGUCAUACGCAUGGAGGAGACAGUGUAUGCUAAAUGGCGGACACAAUUUGGAUUAGGUGAUGGAGAGGAGGUGGAAUCAGGUCGUUCUGAUGAUGAAGAUGAAGAUGGUAAUUUAUUCUACCCCUUUGCAUCACGACUGGACUGGCAGGUAGCAUGUUGGGCUGUGCAAGAGGGAAUAGGGCACAAAGCAUUUGACAGGUUGUUAGCUAUACCAGGGGUUAGAGAGCGUUUAGGACUUGCAUAUCACAAUAUCAGAGGACUCCAUCAAACCAUAGACAGCAUCCCUCCUCGAGCUAAAUGGCAAUCAACUUACUUGGCCUUCAAUGAUACGCCUCACUAUAAGCAUGAACUACACUAUCGAGAUCCUUUGGAAGCCAUUCAAACGUUGCUGGGCAAUCCUGCUCAUGCUCAAGAUAUUGUCUAUAAGCCUUCAAAGAUAUUUACAGACUCUUCUCAUUCUACCCGCAUAUUUAAUGAAAUGUGGACAGGGCGUUGGUGGCAUGCAGUCCAGGAUAGACUUCCUCAGGGCGCAUCUGUAGCUCCUGUAAUUAUUGCCACAGACAAAACUCAGCUGACCCGGUUUUCUGCAUCCAAAUCAGCAUACCCCGUCUACCUCACUCUAGGCAAUAUACCUAGAGCAAUACGACGGAAAUCCAGUCAGCACGCCUGUAUUCUUAUAGGGUAUUUAUCUGUGGAUAAAAUCCUAAAGGAGGAGCUAUCUGCAAGAGAAGUCUCUUCCAGGGUACAGCGUCUCUUCCAUGACUCAAUAAGGAUCAUUUUGGAACCGCUGAAAGAGGCAGGAAGAAGAGGAAUAGAGGUGGUGGGUGGAGAUGGUCUUGUUCGCCUGGUCUUUCCCAUUCUAGCUUGCUAUGUGGCGGAUUAUCCUGAGCAAUGCUUGGUUACCUGUACCAAGUACGGUACUUGUCCCAAGUGUAGGGCUAGAGCGGAUGAAUUGGCUGAAAUACAACAUUUUGCCAGACGUACUCAACCUUGGACCUCAUCAGUAAUUGACCAUGCCAACAUCUCCACAAAGACCGACUCUGCCUUUCGUAAACAGUGCAUGUCUCAGGAUGUAGCUGGAGGCGUAUUUGAACCAUUUUGGCUGGACUUCCCUCAUUGCGAUAUUCACUUGGCUAUCACAUCUGACGUACUUCAUCAACUGUAUCAAGGGAUAUUCAAGCACAUGGUCGAGUGGUGUCAGGAGCUUAUGGAUGAAGAAGAACUGGAUCACAGACUUAGAACUCUCCCUCCUUCUUAUGGCGUCCAUCACUUCCAUAAAGGCUGGUCUGCUUUGGGUCAAGUCGGUGGAAAAGAGAGGAAAAAUAUGGCUAGAGUGCUAUUGGCUUGCUUAAUUGGCAAAGUUCCAAGAGGCGUCAUUCAGGCAUACCGUGCCCUCCUUGAUUUCAUUUAUCUUGCCCAAUAUCCCACUCAUGAUGACGACACUCUGGAAUAUAUGCAACAGGCCUUACAAGAUUUUCACCUUCACAAGGAAGUCAUCAUUAAUCUGGGUAUCCGAGACCAUCUCAAUAUUCCCAAAUUCCAUUCCUUGCAACACUACCUGGAGAACAUACGCAACUUCGGAACUACAGACAACUAUAACACGGAGAUGUUUGAGAGGUUUCAUAUUGACUUUUGUAAAGAGGGGUGGUACGCUUCCAAUGGAAGAAAUGAAAGGCCUCAAAUGAUCUCUUGGCUAACUAGAAGAGAGAAAGUAGCGUCAUUUCAAAGCUAUCUCAAGAUGUCUAUGGAGGAUGAAGAAGAAGAGUUUUCCCACUCAAGGUUUAGAGAUCAUAGAGUCAUCCUCACUAAACGUCCUCAUCGCCUUCACCAAAAUAUCUUGGACGUCAUGCAGAAUCAUUCUUGCAAAGGCUUCAAGAAAGAUCUCAUCACCUAUCUCAACUCUCAGUUGGCUCACUCUCAUUCACGCGGGCAGCUCAGGAACAUGGAUCUUCCUUUUAGUCAUAUUGAUAUCUAUCAUGGAUUCAAAUUCUGUCUAGAGUCAUUAGGCAAUGACGUUGACUUUGAUCAAUUGGAGGAGGCAGAUUUUGUCAAAGCACAGCCACCUGUUUCUCAUAAAGCUGGACGCUUUGAUACAGUUGUAGUCAUGGAUGAUCCUGACUGUGAAAGCACUGGUUUAACAGGAACACGUAUUGGAAGGUUGAAGAUUAUAUUUCGUCUGCCACAACAAGUAUAUGGGUCUAUUCAACCUGCAUGGACUAAAGACCCUUUGGCAUAUGUUGAGUGGUAUACUCCAUUGAAAUCUGCAGCAGAAGACUAUCAUGAGAUGUAUACUGUCAAGAAACCUUUACUUUCUUCAGAUGGUUCAUUGCCAGCCUUUGACAAGGAACUCGCGAAAGAAGUGAAAUUGUUAUUCGACCACGAGCGGCUGUUUUUCUGGCUCGAGUGCUGCCCUUCCGCUCAUUCUCAUGUGGCUAAAGUCUUCAGUGGCAUCAUUUUACACAGUACACCACAUCUAUAUGUAUCAACACUCCCAUUCACGCCUGCCAACUCGCUGCUACCAGGAACGGAGGUGUACAAGUUAUAUGAUUGUAUCCUCUCUGCGCCGACCCCAAGUGGGCUUACAUGCCACUUGUCCAUUGUUGCUGCUCUCACAGACCCUCUUCCCAUUCCCAUCUUGCAAAUCUCGUCACUUCUUGGCCCUGGUUUGGGCAGGGAUGUGCAGACAAUGCUGAUACAGCUACGGUCUGUCAUAGAUAUCCCUACAGACAGCACUCACCCUGUGAAUAUCUAUCACUCAUCCGUUCACGACUACGUUUUCGACCCCUCCAACUGCAGCCUCCCUCAAGUAUGCGAUAUCACAUCACCCCACUCCCUACUCGCACAGUCGCACUCCUUCUCCAGGUGA